UACAUGACUCUGUUCUUCUCCCCCAACAUCUUUUCUUCAUUUUCUUCUUCUGAAGCCUCAGAACUUGACGGGAGACAGAAUACAACUAUAAUUUCAUGGCGAACCCAAACCCCAGAAGUGACUGCUCAGACUCAGAGAAGUCUCAUAUGAAAAUAAAUUCCCCAGAGAGCCUCUCAAGGGGUGAUCUCCCUAAUUCCCACACCUUUCACCAAAAGACCAAAACCCCCUUCAGAGGUUACAUCUGUCGCCGGGAGACGACAACCUUCUAUGAAGGAUGUGUUGUGGGUUCUUCAAUCAACAACCUCCCCCCUGUGGAAGAACCAGAGGACACACAAAGUCUAGGAAGAUACAUGGGCCACAACUCUCGCACUAAGGACAACCCCAACCUGGUGUGUGCACCAAAUACUGGCGUUGAAGAGGAUGAGGACACAGACUCAGACAGCAAAGGAGCAGGAGCUGAUCAAAUUGUUACUGACAAUGACCAGCAGAUAAACAAGAAUUCAACAUUCAGGGGGCAACGGAUUGACCACGUGGCUGGCUGGCCAGUAAUUCAGCCUGUCAGUCCUAAACUCACUCAGGAACAAGCAGCAGAAGAGAGGAACAAGGAGGAGAGAAAGGAGGAAAGCAAAAGCAGUGAGGAUGAGGAUAAGGAAGCUGAUAAACAAAUUGAAAAUGGUGAAAACCAAGAUGAAGGCUUGCUAAUGGGAUCAACUGAACAAGAAAAAAAGGACGUGGAGAUCAAGAACAACAAAGACAUGGAGAGUAAUAAAAAAGAGUAUGUGGAGCUGUAUGCACAAAUCCAGGUGUAUGAAAGAUCUGAUGACACCAGGCUACCUGAUUCCACUGAGGACAAGGGAAAACAGAACAGUGAGAGUCACAAGGAGAAGGAAGAAAUACAAAUCAAUGAAGAGCCUCAGGACGCUGAUAAACAAAGCCAUGGCUAUGACAAAGACGAUGCCCUCCAGCUCCGAGAUCCACCUGAGGAAAACUUCCAGCUGGGCAGCAGAUCCCCUCCUCAUCCAGCUCAGGUCCUGUGUGAAGAACAGUGUACAUGUGAGGACCUGCCUGCCUGUAAACCACUAGGAAAUACAGAAGUCACCCAAGUCCCAGAGAUGCCAGCGAUGCUCCCAGAAGAUGAACCUGCUGAGCAGAUGCUGAAGAUCAGCACUGAGUGGUCCUCCUCGGUCUCCUCUGGGGAGUCAGAGGAGGACGACACUGGAUCUGACACACAAACCAUAACCUGUGUGAAUUGGAGGCAGGCCUUCCGCCGGCUCCGGAAAAGAGUCCUCACGUGUCUGGGGAGGAGAGUGAUGGUCAGCAGCCCACCAGCAACCCCAACCAAGAAAAGUCUUCCCACCUCCAAGGAAACCCACCCCAAAAGAACCCUCAGAGAUUUAUUCCCCACACCCCGUCCACUAAGCACACUAAGUGGUGUGAUGUUGGCCCCACUUCUAUAGUUCUACAGUUUUAUUGUUUUUAAUAAAAUAAAGAUUCUUGUUCUCUGUAUCUGCUUCCUCCAGCACA